AUGUACAUUCACAGCACACCACAAGACAUAACGACCAUGUCUCCCCCUCCUCACAAACGCCCCAACGGCGAAUCCACCAACCCAACCCCCACGCACACACCAACCAACAACCAAACGACCCCCCCAAGCGCCAGCGCCGCGCACCGCAUCUUCCGCACGCCCGAACUCCUCGAACUCAUCCUCCUCGCCCUAGCCAGCGAGCACGGCCCCGCCUCCUCGCCCCUAACCAACAGCCUAAGCAUGACGGCGCUCAUCCACGCCCGCCAGGUCUCGCGCCACUGGCGCGCGGUCGUCGACGUCUCGCGCGCCCUGCGCCGCGUCCUCUUCCUCGAGCCUACAGGCAAGCUGACUGAGAGCCUCUUCGACGUGCUCAAAGACACGAGCACGAGCGCUGCUGCUGACGCUGACGUGCCGUAUCUAGGCGGAGUCAGCACCGACCUCAGCACAAGCUCGCACGUCCACAUCAACCCCCUGCUGCAGGCGGGCUUCGGCGCAGAAAUCUGCGGUUUCCUCUCCCCCGCCUCCUCAGUGGCUGACAACCGGAACACGACGCACCUGUCCAUCCCCGACUGGGUGCCGACAGCGCACUACCUCGCCUUCUUCGGCACCGCAUCCUCAUCACCCACAAGCGCCACCUCCGACCCGCUCGACACCGACAGCGAUAGCCCCGCCGCAAAACGCAGCAUCCCAUUCCCCUGGCCUUUAAUCUGGUCGUCCUUGCACAGUUCCGCGCGCACGCCGCUCUUCGCAGACAUGCUGGCGACGCAGCCGCCGGUGGCGCGCCUGCUGUGUCGCUGCGGGGAGUUGGUGCCUGGCCUCCUUGUCUGCGAGAACGGGGUCAGGAUGCGGCAUUUGCUGCUUUGGCGGGAUGCGGUGGUGCGGGUACUAGAGGGUGAGGAGAAGCUGUGGGAGCCGGACGAGUGGAAGGGGCUGCUGGUUAGGGUUGUCGAUGCGGCGAAUGUGGACGGGAGGGUCGUGAGGGACGCCGUCUUUCUGGGGGAGAGACUCUUGGGGGAGGGUGCGGAUGAUUAGGGAAGGGAUUAAGGCGAGCUUAUGCGCUGCUGGAUGUAAGGAUUGGAUGCGGAGUUGGUGGCUGUGGGCGGUUUCUUGUGGUUUUAGAGUGGAUUUUGAGACCAGGCGGAGUCGGUGAUAAGCGCUGAGCUUGGAUAAAUUACCUAUGACCUAUAGACGCUG